UGCACAUAUCCAACAGGAAGUGUUGACACGUGGGAAACAGGAGGUCUGCUAAAUUUCACCCUCUGAUUGAUAGAAGAAAAGCUACGUAUUCGAGGAUGGAGAAGAUUAGCGUUGAUCAGCGCACAAUCAAGGAAGGAGAUUAUGUGGUCCUACAGAGAGAAAACGUGUUCAAAGCCGUGCAAGUGCAAAUUAAAAGGAAAAUAAUCUUUGAGAAACAAUGGUUGUACCUCGAUAGUGUUAUUGGCCAGCUCUAUGGAACUUCUUUUGAGGUUGCUGCUGGAGGAACCCUUCAAGCACCAAAACAGAAUCCUGAAAAAAAUCCUAAAGGAACCAAGGAAGCUGGCAUGGAUAACCGGAACAUUGUGGAUGAUGGAAGAUCACAAAAACUCACAAGAGAUGAUAUUGAGACUUUAAAAGAGCAAGGUCUAAAGGGGCAGGAAAUUGUCCAGCAGCUGAUAGAAAACAGCUCAACAUUUAGAGACAAAACAGAGUUUGCACAGGAGAAAUACAUCAAGAAGAAAAAGAAAAAGUAUGAUAAUACUAUAACAGUCCUGAAGCCAUCAGCUCGUAUUCUGGCAUUGAUGUACCAUGGAAGAGAACCUGGGAAAAUCUGUUACCUGCGUUAUGACACACUGGCACAAAUGUUGACUCUAGGGAACAUACAUGCUGGCAGUAAAAUAAUUGUGUUCGAUACCUGUGCUGGGCUGGUCUUGGGAGCUGUCAUGGAGAGAAUGGGAGGGUACGGAUCCGUAAUACAGAUGUAUCCUGGAGGAGAACCUGUCAGAGCAGCAACAGAUAGUUUUGGCUUUCCAGAGCACUUUUAUAAAACCCUUCAUGAAUUUCCUCUCUGCAAGGUAAACAGCCUCCUUGAUGGAACUCUCUGUCUUGACGAAGAUCAAAAAGAAGCUGUGUCUACAGUAGAUGAGAGUAAUGGUACGACGAGCAACGCCCCACAAGAUUCUGUACAGAAAACGGAGGAGGAGGUGGAGGGCAAGGGAGACAGUGCUCAGGCCGCUCCUGAGGAGGACUCCAUGGAGGUCACCAGUGAGCUACCUAAAGAUAGGGAGAAAGAGGAACGGGCUGCUAGGAGAGAAAAUAAAGCUCAGGAAAAGAAGGUGAAACAGGAAGAGAAGAGAAAGAAACAUAAGGAAGCUGCUGCUUUAUUACAAGAAAGAAAUGCUGAUGGGUUGGUUAUUGCUAGUAGGUUCCACCCUACUCCUCUGGUGCUGUCGCUACUGAAAUUUGUAGCCCCAUCUAGACCUUUUGUCAUUUACUGCCAGCAUAAAGAGCCUUUAAUAGAGUGUCACACAAAGCUUCGUGAACGAGGUGGGGUUAUCAGCCUCCGAUUAUCAGAAACCUGGUUAAGACAUUAUCAGGUUUUGCCUAAUAGAACUCACCCAAUGCUGCUGAUGAGCGGUGGAGGAGGUUAUAUUUUGUCAGGAAUGACUGUUGCCAUGGAUACUGCCACAUCUUCAGGACCUCAACAAACUGAAGAACCAGCACCCAAGAGACAGAAGCUGCAAGAUACUGAAACUUAAUUUAGCUAAUUUUAUUUUUCAGUUCUGCUUAGUUACACAGGAGAAUUGGUUUUUAGGGGCGCUAUAAAAUGUGCUUUUCUAUUUUUCCUUGUAUAUGUAGGACACAGAAAUAAAAUGAGCUUUUAUGCUGAA